GCACGUUCGGUGUGAGAAAGAAUUUUCUUUUAUGGGUGUCUCACUAUCGGGGAGCCACAUAUGAGCAACAGCAGUGGCUGUUUGCCACAUCGCCAACACACUGUUUAAACAGGGAGAUUGCGACGAAGCGCGUCUCGCGGAGUGAGUUUAUCGAGUUGAGAGUGUUUUAAAAAAAAAUUAAGUCGUAAAUUAUGUGGAAUAUCACUUUGUCAUCAAGUGGUUGGGAUUGUUUGCCACAAUUCUCUUGCUGAGAUUUAAUUUUAAAUCACCGAUCAACGCGCUCUUUCCAAGCCCACCUCUUGCGCGCACUCAACCCGCAGUUCUUUUGUGAUUUUCACACCAUCGCCUUGAGGGGCUCUUAACGAACUACUUUCUCUCUUUCAUUCAAAUUUUUCCUGUUUUUCCUCUGAAAUUCAUUUUCUAAUUAGUUCUCUUUUUUCGCGCGUGUGUGUGAAAAUAAUGUAAAUUUGUGGUGGAGAAUUUUCUUCAGCCCGUGUGUGUGUGUGCUUCAUCUUAGAGUGAGAAAAGCGUUGAUUGAAGAUAGCAAAGAUGGAACAGUUUCACUAUUUUAUGCUAAUUAGCGUGAAUUUCCUCCUAUUGUGUGCCAAUGUCAAUGCAAAAGGCCACCAAUUCCGCCAUGUGGUUAGCGAUAGGGCGAUCAGCUUUACAAAUUGCACCAUUGAGGACCUCAAGAAUAUCCGCGAAUUCCAUUUGCAACCUCAAGACGUGAUCAUAUCGCAAUGUCACGUGCCUGAGCUCCCCAAUGCGCUCUUCUUGCGCACCUCAUCGCUUCUCAUGCUCGAAAUCACCGAUUGCCACCUGGAGACCCUUCAGGACUACGCCCUGAAUGGCCUCAACCAGCUACAGGUGCUCAAUCUCACACGGAAUAACAUCAGCGUCGUGAAAUCAUGGAGUGAUCACGAUCUCGAGAGUGUUCAAAUGAUCGACUUACGACGCAAUCAACUGCGUGAGCUCAACAAGAACACCUUUAGGCGCUUCCCGAACCUAACACGCCUCAACCUAGCUGUGAACUUCAUUGAGACAAUGAAAGAGAACACCUUCAAGUUCACCCCACACCUCAAAUACAUCAAUUUGGGCAAAAAUCUCAUCACCCACAUUGCAGAGUACACCUUCAAGGGGUUGCAUAAGCUCACGCACCUGUCGCUGCAUCACAAUCAAAUACGCUACAUUGACUUUUUUGCCUUUGUCAGCAACAGCCACCUCAAGUCCCUCCAUUUGCAGGGCAAUGAGCUCACCGUGUUCGAAGCUGAACUCGUUGCAAAUCUCCCGAGGCUUGUGCACUUCAAUCUCAGCCACAAUCAGCUUGAAUCCCUUGCAGAGGGGAUUUUUAAGAGGAACCUCGAACUCAAAGUUCUCGAUUUGAGUUACAACAAUUUCACAGAGUUCGCGGAGACUUCCUUUACGGGAUUGGAGAGUCUUGAGGUGUUCAACAUCAGCCACAAUCACAUCCCUGAGCUUAGCAAAUACAUCUUCAGAGAAUUCACGGCUGUGACCCAUUUAAUCCUUGCAAAUAAUCACCUCACAGCCCUCGAGGAUGAGCUUCUUGAAUUUGUACCCAAAGUCCGUGUGCUCAACGUUUCCGGCAACGACAUCUCCGCCAUUGAUGCGGAUCUCUUCGAGGGACUGAAGGAACUUCAGGUGGUGGAUUUGUCGUGGAAUCAUUUGACAAAUGUGAACUUCCUACCCUCAAUUGGGGGUAAUUUGAAGCUCCUGGACUUGAGUGGGAAUCUCUUUCACAGCUUGGAUUUGACAAAAUUCGUCAGCAUGCAGCGUGUUGUGCUCGAAGGGAAUCCCUGGCACUGCCGAUGGCUCAUUCGUGCCAUGAUGACCAAGGUGGAUGGUAUCGAUCUGGGUAGGGACUACGCAUUUACGGGUGGGUCGACCGAAGUGAGCCGCGUGGCUGGGAUUGAGUGCGUAGAUGAGGAGAAUGGGGAGAAUCGGAGUGUCAUCCUGCUGAGGGAGAUGGACAAAUCGCCCGAGGACGAGGGUGGAAAUUUUAACAAUUGGCACGCACGAAAUUCCCAAUCAUUGGGCACCCAUCAGGCUGUUGGGUACAACCGGGGCACCUUCCUGACCAAAUCCACCGGUGGGAUUGAUGAUUUCGAUUACAAAGCAAUUUUCCUGUGGCUCACCAUUGGGAUUGGCGUGGUGUUUGGCGUGACAAAGGUUUGCCGGAUUCUCCUGAUCAAAUCCGAACGACGCAGCGAGGAGUGGCGCAAGGACCAGCACGAAAAGUACAUGCAAGAGCUGGAGGAAAUCGACGAGAAGUACAUGCAGCAGCAAAUGCAGGAACAUUCCAUCUACAAACCAUGAAGGAUGUUGUAAAUAAAGCAUCUUAAAGGCUCAUAAAAAAUUUAUUACACUUCCUCCUCAGUUAAACAAUGAAUCAUUUUGCUUACAUUUUAUAUAUCACUCUUUUCAUUUUUGCCAAGAAUUUCCUUUCACAACACAAUAUUUAAUGUUGCUCUUUUUUUUGUACUCAUAAAACAAAUAAUUUGUUGCUAAAGUGGCAACAUCAUGUAUAGCAUCCCCUUUUCUAUGCUACGCACCCCCAUUUUGCAAUUUUUUUUCUUUUAUUUCUCCUACCUAUAAGAUGUAAACACCCUGUAUAGUAUUUAAGAAACAUCAAAAUGAAUGUAAAUUAGCCUAUAAAUGAAUUAACAUUAAUAUUUUAUCCCCCAUAUAUUUUUUUGUAAGCAUGUAGAGCAAUUCUUUUCCUCUCAAAAAAAUUUUAUUUAGGAAGUAUUUUGAAAUAAAGAUUUCUUAUUUGCUA